AUGGAGGAAACACGCCUCUACAGUAGGCCCGAAGGCACGCAGCGCCUUGCGGAUGCCUUGGAGAAGCCAAUGCUGGACGAUCGAUCAUAUCGCGUGAUAAGACUUCCGAACCAGCUCGAAGCUCUUCUCAUUCACGACCCGGACACAGACAAGGCAUCGGCAGCCAUGGACGUCGAUGUUGGAAGCUUGGCAGACCCCGAGGACAUGCAGGGUAUGGCGCAUGCCGUAGAGCACUUGCUGUUCAUGGGCACGGAAAAGUACCCAGGCGAGAACGAGUACAACGCAUAUUUGACCAAAUAUGCUGGUCACUCAAAUGCUUUCACCGCGCCUACUUCGACCAAUUACUAUUUCGAAUUGUCCGCGACGUCUACAUCCAACAGCGCAGCCUCGUCAGCGAACAACAGUCAAGCCAGCUUGCCGAUAAUCAAGACCAAGGCGCCUCUGUAUGGCGCCCUUGAUCGAUUCGCCCAAUUCUUCGUCAAGCCGCUGUUCAGCGAGGAUACACUAGACCGCGAGUUGCGCGCUGUUGACUCGGAGAACAAGAAGAACCUGCAGAGCGACAACUGGCGCUUGAUGCAGUUGGAGAAGGCAUGUUCGAGCAAGGCACAUCCAUAUCAUCUGUUUGCGACUGGAAACUACAAGUUAUUGCAUGACGAUCCCAUCGCGCGUGGCGUGAAGAUACGAGAGGAGUUCAUCAAGUUCUACCAAAAGAACUACUCGGCCAACCGCAUGCGACUGGUCGUUCUCGGUAUUGAGAGCUUGGAUGAGAUGCAAGGUUGGGUUGAGGAGCUGUUUACAAAUGUCCCCAACCAGGAUCUUCCGAAGCUGCGAUGGGACGAUAUUCCUGCACAGACUGCCGAGGAGCUAUGCACUCAGAUCUUCGUCAAACCAGUGAUGGACCAGCGAUCGCUGAACAUCAACUUCCCAUACCCAGACGAAGAGGACAUGUACGACUCCCGACCUAGCCACUACAUUUCUCAUCUCAUUGGCCACGAGGGUCCAGGCAGCAUUUUGACGUACUUGAACGCCAAAGGCUGGGUCAGCGCGCUCAGUGCGGGCGCUAACACCGUGUGUCCUGGGACUGCAUUCUUCAGCAUCAGUCUUCGGCUUACCACAGAUGGACUGAAGCACUAUCAAGAAGUCAUCAAGGCCGUUUUUCAAUACAUCGCCAUGCUCAAGGAGCAGCCGCCGCAGGAGUGGAUCGUUGAAGAGCAAAAGAAGCUUGCUGAGAUCGACUUCAAGUUUCAGCAGAAGAUCCCAGCCGCGCGAACCACAAGCCACCUGAGCGGCGUCAUGCAGAAGCCAAUUCCGCGGGAUCGACUUCUGAGCGGACAGACUUUGAUUCGGACAUUCAACCGGGAGGGCAUUGAGCGUGGACUGGCUGCUCUACGGACGGACAACUUUCGCUUCACUCUCACUAGCCAGGAAUUUCCCGGUGAUUGGGAUAAGAAAGAGAAGUGGUACGGCACCGAAUACAAGUUUGAGAAAAUCCCUCGCGAGUUCAUGCAAGAGCUAGAGGAUACGCAGCGCGUUUCAGCCGACCAGCGACCGGCGGAACUUCACCUGCCUGCAAAGAACGAAUUCAUCCCUCAGCGUCUUGAUGUCGAGAAGAAGGAUAACGUAACUCCCGCACUAUCACCAAAACUCAUUCGCAACGACCCCAACGUCCGAGUCUGGUUCAAGAAGGAUGAUCGCUUCUGGGUGCCGAAAGCCAAUGUCAACCUUUACUUACGCACGCCGCUGCACAACGCGAGCCCGUUCACCAACGUCGUCAUGCAACUUUACAAGGAUCUUGUUGAAGACAGCCUGAUUGAGUAUUCCUAUGAUGCUGAGCUGGCGGGACUGGCUUACAACCUGAUGGGACACGUCAACGCUAUUGAGGUCGGCGUCAGUGGCUACAAUGAUAAAAUGCACGUUUUGCUUGAGAAGGUCCUUGUCUCCAUGCGCGAUCUGGAGGUCAAGCAGGACCGUUUUGACAUCAUGAAGGAGCGCUUGACGCGUAGCUAUCGCAAUGCGGAGUUCAUGGAGCCAUACCGACAGAUCGGCAGCUAUAACCGCUGGCUCAGCAAGAAUCGAGUGUGGGCAAACCAUGAACUUCUAGAGACACUGCCAUCCGUCACUGCAGACGACAUUCGCAGCUUGUACCCUCAGAUAUUGCGCCAGAUGCACAUUGAGAUCUUGGCGCAUGGAAACCUUUACAAAGAAGAUGUUCUACGCAUCGCAGAUCUCGUGGACGCCACACUCAAGCCACAGCCUUUGCCGUCGAGCCAGUGGGAGACAUCUCGCACACUGAACUUCCCACCCGGCAGUAACUACCUCUACGAGCACAAGCUUGCUAACCUGGAGAAUGUCAACCACUGCAUCGACUAUGUCCUUCAUCUUGGAGAUGCACAAGAGCGACCUGUGAGGGCAAAGUUGCUCCUCAUCGCACACAUGCUCCAGGAGCCUUGCUUUGACACCCUGCGGACCAAAGAGCAGCUCGGCUACAUUGUGAGCAGUGGUCCCGUACUCAACGGAAACCAGGCCGGUUUCCGCGUUCUGAUCCAAAGUGAGAAAGACUGCCAGUAUCUCGAGCAGAGGAUCGACGCGUUUCUCAACGCCUCCGUGGACAUGAUCCGAGACAUGCCUCAAGAAGAGUUUGAUGAACACCGCAUUGGCGUGAUUAACCAGCGUCUUGAGAAAUUGAAGAAUCUCAAUCAGGAGAGCGGCCGACUAUGGCAUCACAUCACUUCGGAGAUGUUUGACUUCGAAUCUGUCAACCGUGAUGUGGAAGAGCUUGAAGCUAUCACCCAGAAUGAUGUCCUGGAAUUCUUCACAGACCACUUCAAGCCCGACUCGCCUACGCGAUCCAAGAUGUCCAUCCAUCUCAUUGCUCAGGCUUCCGUAGAUGACGUCGCCGCGGAAACUGACCCUGCGGAGAAGAUGGAGAAGCUUAUUGGACAAAUCACUGACAAGUUUGCUCAGUUGGGGCUCUCUGUCGACAAAGCGGCUUUGUCAACACGCCUGCAGCAGGUGGACGUAGCAGCAGGAGAUGCCAAGGCAAUCAUGUCAUCGGUCGGUAGCUACCUCAAAGAGUCUGCUGGUCUGGCCGAGGAUCAGUUGCAACAAGUGGUACAGCAGGGUCAAAUGAUCAUGCCCCAGCUGCUCGCGGCUGCGGGUAUCAAGGUGCCUGUGCCAGAGCCUGCUAGCAAUGGUAACGGGGUGGAGAAAUCGAUUAACGGCAGCUCUAAGAGCGAGGCCGUGGUUAUCGAGAACGUCCAGGCCUUCAAGAACACCAUGGCACUCAAGCCUGGUCCGCGUGCGGUGAAAGACCCGGCGGAGUUUGAGGAUCUUGAGCCGAAGCUUUGA